AUGGAAGAAGACGAAGACAGCAUUGUUGAUGUUGUUAGCCAAUCUCAUUCAAUGGAAACAGAGAACGACAUCAACGACGGCUUCCACUCGGCUCAUGACGAUCUGCCAAUGCUAGCCGAAGAUGACAUUGAUGAGGAAGUAGGAGACGGUGAUGCGGUUGUGGUUGCUGCAUCAGCAGAACAACAAGCAGAAGAAUCGCAUCCUGUAGCUUCUGAAGAACCAGCCGUUGUAGAAGAAAACUUAACACAAGAGAAUACAGAAAGUGAAGUUCCACUAGAAGAAGCAAAGACUAUGAUCGAAUUCGAGACGAUAGCUGAAGCGCAAGCAGAUGAAGACACUGGUAUUAAUGAAAGACCCACGGUUGUUGAAGAAGAUGCUGAGGAAUUAAAAAACGCUGAUGAACAGCUGCAAGCUCCACCUGAAGGCAAACGUCCACGCACUCCAAACGAGCUUGAUAUUCUCGCUAAUGAAGAACCAAUAGAUUCAGAACCAUUCAAAGAAGAGCAUCCUAUUCCUAUUGACGUUCCGAUAGAAGAGAAUGAGGAAGCUGCUGUAGAAAGGAAGCCGAGUCAAGAUGCAGCUCCCGUCUCAGAAAACCUGAACUCUGUUCCACAAACUCCAAAGUUGGCAGUAGGAUCCGUUCCUCAAACACCAAAGUCGGCCAAAACCGAGAUAGCUACUACGCCGACAAAAUCUGUACCUACAACUCCGAAAGCAGAUGAGACAACUGGUGUAUCAAUGGCAUCUGUACCAACAACUCCGAAACCCGAUGAGGUUUCUUUGCUAAUUUUAAACACUAGCAAAAAUAGGACAGCUAGCACACCAUUGGAAUCUGUACCUCAAACACCGAAAACCGAAGAGGCAUUCGGGACCCCAACUGGUUCUGUACCACCCACACCAAAGUUGGCAGUCGAAGAGGGUUUCCGUACACCUGUAGGAUCCGUACCACCUACACCACGCUCAGUAGAAGAAGCACCUGGUACUCUUGCUGCCGGAUCUGUGCCACCAACUCCGAAGGAGGUACAAAAAGAGGCACGACGUGGAUCAACAAUUUCAACUCCAAGGUCAAGUAUUGGUUCAAUUCCCGUAACACCGAAGCCGACCGGAGAAGUCACGCGCAAAACAAGCAUUCCUGGUACUCCAUCAACUAAAUCCGAGACACCUAAAAUUUCCACACCGUCUCUCGCAACACCAAAAACGGCAGGAACACCGAAAUCGAAUGCUGCGUUCAGUUUCGAUGAAGCUCCGCCGACACUGAAAGAUACAGAAGCACCUUUAACGCCUGCUAAAAAGACACCUAGAACCCCACAAACUCCGGAACCUCCAGCUCAUGAGGAGAUUCAAGCAGUAGUUAAUGAAGAGCCUUCUCCUAAACUUGUGGAAAAUGAAUCAGUACAGGAAGCCGACGAAGAGGAGCCGAAAACCACUGAAGGAGAGCCUGUAGCUUUUGAAGAGAGGUCCGAAGCCGUUGAAGAUCAGAAUAAAGCAGCCGAAGAGGAGCCUAAAGCUGAAGAAGAGCCACCAGCUGAAGAGAAUGGAACAGAGCCAGCACAAGCCGACGAACCUCCUAAAGAGCUCGAUGAAGAGGAAAAGGUUAGUGAAGUUACUGGUGAAUCUCCAGAAGUAAAUAGAAUUGAGCGCCGUACUUCCGCUCGUCCACGUGCUGCAUCUCCGUCUCCACCACGUCGUACAAGACAACUAUCACCGUCUCCUGAACGACGACCUUUACGUGACUAUAAAAGUUACGAUCAGGUAUUUUUGAUUAGCAGAUUAAUAAUUAAAGCAGCUUGUUACGAGUUAGUUAAGAAUUAUCCAAGUGUAAAAAUUGAGGAUUCACACCGUCAUAUUCCACCACCACGAAUCCCCACCAUGACUUCAUUCUCUUCGUGGAGCCCACUAGAUAGAAGCACUUAUACGCCAGUCAGUCCCUUCGUAGUAAAUCCCUACAAGUAUCGCAAUGAAUAUACUGCUAAUUGUGAUUACCGCCCUAGUAACAACUAUUUAAGCCAAUUUGAUGACAUCGUUAAUACAGGAGCGUUUUCAUCAGCACUAUAUUCAACUACUAGAUUGAUCGAACGAUCACGUAGUCGCACGCGUGAACGUCGCCAAGCAAUGCGAUCACAGAGAUCAGCUUCGAACUACUACAGGUUAACUUCUCAGUAUCCAGCCCCACAACGUGCUCGUGAGUACUCGACGCCACCAUCACGCGAGUACAGCAGGCCACCAUCACGAUCUGGUUCAUUCAUCUCGUUUAUGGAGUAUUCUGGAUCGAAGAAUGGCGAAUUGUCACGUAACGCAUCGCGCUCGUCCAUUAAUGACUCAGCACUAGCUCUUUCACGCAGCAGUUCGCGUGAUAUCUUCUACGGUGGUGGUCGCCUAUCUCGAGUUGACAGCUACGUACGUGAUCUUCACACACCAUAUGAAUACGAGAUGCCGUCAAACUAUGAUCGCUAUAGAUCAUCAUCACGAUCCGGUGGAUACUCAACUACUAGCGGUUACACGGGCCGCAUUGGUCAUCUGGAGAGGUCACUCUCACGUGAAUUACUAACAAAGGACAGGCUGCGUUACGAGUACAAUCAUCUAUCGAACAAACUGAAUCAAGCGAUGCGACAAAUGGAUUUACUGCGUGCCAAUUCGUACUCGAACAUACGUUCCUCAUCACAACCACGUACCAGUGUCUACACUCAUUUCUAUCCUUACUUCUAG